AUGUCAGUAAUCCCUAGUAACCUCAGCAUUGCAAAGGAAUUCUUCAGAGCUUGGGAUGAAAAGAUCUGGGAUCUCGAGAACCACAACUGCUUGUUCACCGCCUGCCCCAAAGCCAGUGGCAUCCAGGGGGAGCUUACAGCUUGUCAUUACCUGUCCAACAUCAGAGUACUAUGUGUUGCCACAGAUUCUGUCUCUCUACUGCAUCUAAGGAUGAGAGCUCGCCCUGAGCCUCACCUGGUGGUUUCUCAUAAGGAGCCUGUAGUAUGCUGCAGGUACAACAAGACAUUUGGACAUGUGGUUAGCUGCUCACAAGGGUCUGUUAUUAAAGUGUGGGAUUUUGAAACAGGAAUGUUUCUGUCUGAAUUUAUUGGAGCUCAUGGCAAUGCAGAAAUCACCUGCUUGACUUUUGAUUCCAGUGGGAGAAGACUGAUCACUGGUGGCAGAGAUGGAUGUUUAAGAAUCUGGAACUAUAACAGUGGGCACUGUCUGAAAACUCUAAACCAAGAUGAAAAGCACAAUGAAGUCUGUGACUGUACCUAUGUAGAAGUUUUUCAAAAUAAGUACAUCAUAGCUGUGGGAUGGGACAGAAGAAUAAACAUAUAUUUUGAUUCUCCUCAUGACUUCCGUCACUUUUGGAAGCCUCAGCCACAUUGGCCAGAUGAUCUGAUCCGGGGACAUAAGGAUGAUAUUUUAUGUGUGGCUCAGUGCCCACCUUCUCUUCUUGCUACCUCUAGUUAUGAUGGAGAAAUUAUCAUUUGGAAUAUGGUCUCAGGACACAUUUAUUGUAAGCUAAACAUACCUGUCCCUACUCCCUGCUCCGAAGACUCAGAAGGACCUGACAGAAGUGUUUCUCAUCUCACAUUCCUAAAGACCCGUGCAGCCAAAUUUGAAUCAACAGCUGCUUCUCUCAUUUCCAAUGGGCCCCAAGGUUCUGUUAUCUUCUGGAGUCUAUUCAGUGGGGCUCAGCUCUUAGCCAGCUUCAUACCUUCCAGAGGAAAAUCCCAGAUCAGUAGCAUUGUGGUGACGACAAUAGAUACCUGCGCCUAUGUGGCAGACCACCAGGGUUACGUGUAUACCUAUGACAUCAAGGACUAUGCUCUUGAGGGACCUGAGCAAGAACCACCCAAAAAUGUCAAGAUCUGGAGAGCCCACGUUAAUGCAGUCACUUGUUUAGAGCUGAUAGAGAAAGAAAAGGUUCUAUUGUCUUCCUCCGUUGACUGUACAGUUCGUCUUUGGAGCAUGGAUGGAGAGUAUAUAGGGACUUUUGGGCAGAGUGAGCUCUGGGAUGUUUUUACAUCUGCCUCCUGGAAACAUCCUAUGGUACCCUAUGAAGUCCUGAUGGAUCCACAGAGUAUGCCAGUCCACCAAAUUUUAGCAGAAGAUAUUUCAACUUUACAAAUUAAUCACCUGGAGGAAGACAAAAUAAUUCAGGAGAAAUCCAGUGCUAAGCCUGAACAAACUUUGGACAUCAGCAUCCUUGAAGAUCGUCCCACUGAUCUUGAAAUAGACAAAGAAAUUCACAUGCAAGCUCCUCAGAAAACAAGGUUGCCACAAGAACGGAACAAGAAUUCCUACAAGCCAUUUAACCCUGGGUGGCCUAGUGUUUACCACACACUCAAAUGUCAUGAGGUUGCCAGUAUUCCAUCUAUAGGAAGAAAACCAGAUUUAUCUGUUAUUGGUAUUGAAGAAAAGAGUAACUAA